AUGCCGUAUAAAUCCCGCUGGACAAUCGACAUCCCAGACACGCAUUUAGCCUCUCUCCUCCUCAAAUCCCCAACAGCACCUCUGUCCAAAACACAGAAGUGCUUCCUCGAAGCCACCCGGCCAGAAACCCAUUACCAUACCAUCCAUGAUCUCCGCCUCUGGAGCCAGCGGCUCGCGGCUGGCCUACGCAAAUCAGGACUGCAGACCGGAGACCGCGUCCUCCUCUUCUCGGGCAACGACCUCUUCUUCCCGGUAGUCUUCUUCGGCGUCAUAAUGGCCGGGGGAGUCUUCACGGGCGCAAACCCAGGCUACGUAGCCCGCGAAUUAGCCUACCAACUCCAAGACAGCGGCGCUACAUACCUUCUCUGUGCGAGCAACAGUCUCGACAUAGGCCUGGAAGCAGCCAAACAAGCCAACCUACCUCAAGAGCGCGUCUUCGUCUACGACGCCUCCAUCUAUGACGGCGUAACAAACCCCCAAAAGGGCUGCGCCUACUGGAGCGACCUCCUCGCCUCAGAAGAAGAAGGCCGUGCCUUCGUCUGGGAUGACCUCAACACACCAGCCCUCUCGUCCCGAACACUCGCGCUCAACUACUCAAGCGGCACAACCGGUCGUCCCAAGGGCGUCGAGAUCUCGCACAAGAACUAUGUCGCCAAUAUGCUCCAGUACUGCUACACGUCAAGUCUGCAUCCGGACUACAAGAACCGUCUUGCACGCUCGCGCUGGCUGUGUUUCCUGCCGAUGUACCACGCAUUGGCGCAGAAUAUCUACAUCGCGGCGGCGUUGUACCGUGGCACGCCGGUGUAUAUGAUGCCCAAGUUUGACUUCAUCAAGAUGUUGGAGUACACGCAGAAAUUCCGGAUUUCGGAUUUUAUUAUCGUGCCGCCUGUUGUUGUUUUGCUGGCGAAGCAUCCUUCUGUGAAGCAGUAUGAUUUGAGUAGUGUGGAGUUUAUUGGGUGUGGUGCUGCGCCAUUGGGGAGGGAGGUUUGUGAGGAGGUUGAGAAGUUGUGGCCUCCAGGGCAGAUUAAUAUCAAGCAGGGAUGGGGGAUGACAGAGGCGACUUGCUCGAUUACGGGAUGGGUCCCUAGCGACAUUAGUACUUCUGCGGCUGUCGGGGAGCUUAAUGCUAAUUGCGAGGCGAAGAUUAUGGCGCCCGAUGGAACAGAAGUGACAGAGCGGAAUGCCCGUGGCGAGCUGUGGGUUCGCGGUCCUAAUGUCAUGAAAGGGUACUGGCGCAACGAGAAGGCCACUAAAGAGACCAAAACUAAGGAUGGCUGGCUGCUCACGGGGGAUAUUGCGUUUGUGGAUGACGAUGGUAAAAUCCAUGUUGUGGAUCGAAUGAAGGAAUUGAUUAAAGUCAAGGGUAAUCAGGUGGCGCCCGCUGAAUUGGAGGCUCUUCUACUUGAACAUCCCGCAAUAUCAGAUGUUGCGGUGAUCGGAGUUGCCAUCAAUAACGAUGAGCGACCUCGCGCAUAUGUGGUGCUUACAUCUGGCCAAUCCGCCACCGCUAAGGAGAUCGCGCAUUUCAUCGAAGACAAAGUCGCCGCGUUCAAGCGGAUUACCGGUGGGGUUGUAUUCCUCGAUGCGAUACCCAAGAAUCCUUCGGGCAAGAUUCUUCGCACGAAAUUGCGAGAGUUGGCAAAGGAGGAGCUGAAGGGUGUCAGUGUCACCGCUAAACUCUAG